AUUUUUUCCAGUUCAGUUUCGUUUGAGCCAUUGCAUGAUUAACAUAUGAACUCCAAAAGCAGGUUUUGCUUGUGUGUACCAAAAAUAAUUGUGUAGUUUCACAAACUUCUAAUGCAGAGGCUAUGAAAAGAUAGAAAUUCUGUUAAUCGGUUUGAUAACAAUGCUUUGGAUUAUUUAAUUGCAUAGUAAGAAUUUUAAUCGAAGUAAAACUUUUGAAGUUUGCAUUUCUACACGCGUCAAAACAUGAGAGAUACUCACUACUUUAUGAAAAAGUUUCCGUUCAUAGUUUUUUGCGAUGUAGUGUAAAUAUAUAGCUGAAAUAAUAAGUACAAUAAUCUGUGUAAAAAACCGCGUGAAUUCCGAAAUCCGCGUAAAAAAAGUCACGUGAAAACCGCGUUAAAGAAACUUCAGUGUAUUAAAUUACUUAUCAGAGUAAGCACGUUUUAGUAACAACCAAACUGUCGCAGUAAAAUUGGCCCAAAAGAAAGUAUUAGUCUACCUUGUGCUGUGUGUAUAUUAAUAUUUAUGUAGUGAAAGUUGUGUUGGAUAUUCGAUAACAGAAUAACUAAAAAAUAUCAAAUCUAUUUUAAUGCGUUAUGUGAUAGCAUCGUUUUAUGCCAAUUAUGAAAUUUUAUUGUACAGGAAUAAGUGUUGUUUAUGUUUUUUGUGUUCGUCUAUUGAUUGAUUAUUCAAUCAAUUGAGUGAGCAAGGAGAAUACCGGGAAUGUGAAAAGUGAAAUAACAUAUUAAAAGUCUCCUGAGUUGGAGGAAUCAACAAAUAAAUUAGCAUUGGAAUAGUAUUUUUUGGUACGAAGCACUAAAUCGACAAAAUGUCAUCAGAAGGGUUGUGUUGGAAGUUUUUCUCCGUUAUGGUGUAUAUUUCUGUGAUAAGUCCUGUGUACGGAAUCUUUGAUCGACUGGUAGUGCAAACAAGUAGCGGUCCGAUACGAGGUCGUUCAACAAUGGUGCAAGGUCGUGAGGUGCAUGUGUUUAAUGGUGUUCCAUUUGCUAAACCUCCUGUUGAUGGGCUUCGUUUCCGUAAGCCUGUACCUGCAGAGCCUUGGCAUGGUGUGUUAGACGCUACCCGACUCCCUGCUUCUUGUAUACAAGAACGAUACGAAUACUUUCCUGGUUUUGCUGGUGAAGAGAUGUGGAAUCCUAAUACGAACGUAUCCGAAGACUGUUUAUAUUUGAAUAUCUGGGUUCCAACAAAGACCCGUUUGCGCCAUGGCCGUGGUUUAAAUUUUGGAAGCAACGAUUAUUUUCAGGAUGAUGAUGACUCUCAACGCCAGCACCAGUCGAAGGGUGGAUUGGCAAUGUUAGUGUGGAUAUAUGGUGGUGGAUUCAUGAGUGGAACAUCAACACUGGAUGUUUACAAUGCUGAAAUUCUUGCAGCGGUUGGGAACGUGAUAGUCGCCUCGAUGCAAUAUCGCGUGGGAGCCUUUGGAUUUUUUUAUCUUUCACCUUAUCUAAACGGGAACGAGGAUGAAGCUCCCGGCAAUGUUGGUUUGUGGGAUCAAGCGUUGGCUAUUCGGUGGUUGAAGGAAAAUGCAAAAGCCUUCGGGGGAGAUCCAGAUCUAAUUACGCUGUUCGGAGAAUCAGCAGGCGGCAGCUCUGUUAGCUUACAUUUGCUAUCUCCCGUAACCCGUGGGCUAUCGCAUCGAGGAAUUUUACAGUCCGGUACUUUAAAUGCACCUUGGAGUCAUAUGACUGCGGAAAAGGCUCUGUCGGUGGCUGAGGCUCUAAUUGACGACUGUAACUGCAAUCUAACUCUACUGAAGGAAUCACCCAACAUCGUCAUGCACUGUAUGCGUAACGUGGACGCGAAGACAAUUUCAGUGCAGCAAUGGAAUUCAUACUCUGGUAUCUUGGGUUUCCCCUCAGCGCCUACUAUCGAUGGAGUUUUCAUGACAGCUGAUCCUAUGACCAUGUUGCGCGAAGCUAACUUAGAGGGAAUUGAUAUUCUAGUGGGUAGCAAUCGAGAUGAAGGCACAUAUUUUCUUCUUUAUGAUUUUAUCGAUUAUUUUGAAAAGGAUGCGGCCACAUCAUUACCAAGGGAUAAAUUUUUAGAGAUAAUGAAUACUAUUUUUAGUAAAGCAUCUGAGCCGGAACGUGAAGCUAUUAUAUUCCAGUAUACUGGAUGGGAAAGCGGCAACGAUGGAUAUCAAAAUCAGCAACAAGUAGGACGUGCAGUCGGUGAUCAUUUCUUUAUUUGUCCUACUAAUGAUUUUGCUCUUGGGCUAAGAGAACGCGGGGCUUCGGUUCAUUAUUACUACUUUACUCAUCGUACUAGCACAUCACUUUGGGGCGAAUGGAUGGGAGUAUUACACGGAGAUGAAGUGGAAUACAUAUUUGGACAACCAAUGAACGCUUCUUUGCAGUACCGACAACGUGAGCGCGAUUUGAGUAGACGGAUGGUACUGUCGGUGAGCGAAUUUGCACGAUCAGGAAAUCCUGCUCUAGAAGGCGAACAUUGGCCGUUGUAUACAAAGGAGAAUCCAAUUUAUUUUAUUUUCAAUGCGGAAGGUGAAGAUGAUUUACGGGGUGAAAAGUACGGUCGGGGUCCAAUGGCGACUGCUUGUGCAUUCUGGAACGAUUUUUUGCCACGGUUAAGAGCAUGGUCAAUACCACCCAAGACGUCAUGCAAUCUGCUAGAGCAAAUUUCGGCAGGGAGUGCAAUGUAUCUGGAUAUUAAAGUCGUAAAGGUGCUCACAGUGAUAAUAUUGCUAAACUUAUUCUAAAUGCAUCCAACUGUAACUAUCAUAUCCACGUCACUAUACAAUGCAGAGCUAGUGAACAAUUUAAUCAGGAGAAUGCAGAGCUUUACACGUGACCCUGUCAUACAUAAUCAUUAGAAUUGAUAUUGAACAUCAUAGAGAGAAUUAAAAUGUUACCUUUAGUAUUCUCACCGUUGCAACAUGCUAAUGAUUCUGAAUGAAUCAAACAAUUAUUACAAAACAAGGUCGAAACUUUAUGAAAACACGGGGAGUACUCAAAAAUAAAUCAAAGUUUACUGAUGGUUGGGUCAGUUGGAUAGGAAGUCUACUUUAAUUUACGCAAACUUGUAGAAGUGACUUGAUAUUUUAUAAGAUGUGACAAGUGGAGCGCGGGCGCUUCUUAAACCAUAUUUUUUGUUGUUCACUUUUACACCUGAAUACGGCCACACAAAUAUGCAUGCUGCACUCUGCUAAAGGACCUAUUUGUAACGUUGCGGGAAAAAUGAAACUUGUGUAGUAUUACAGAAAAUACAAAUGCGUUCUAAUAAAUGUUUAGAAAUAUACUUGUUAGAUGUGCUGUUGAUUUACAUGCUUCAUGUGAGUUCUGUUCUGUUGUUAAUUUGAACAUGCGUAUUUUUGCUGACUUUGGCCGGCAUACAAUAUUUUAAAAAGGCUAGAAAUGUAGUCAAAGUAAAUGUUUCGAUGUUUUGCAUGUUGUAAUUGUAAGGUAUUCAACGAUAAUAAUAUAAUAAUUAUAUCAGUAUAACUGCACGUAUCAAUGGUUUACACUUGAAUGUAUAGUAUGAAACAAACAAAAAAUAUUAGGCUAAAAAACAAUGUUUUAUCUCAAGGAGAAGCGGUGAAUUUAUGUCUUCUGACUGAAAUUAUUCUGUUCUAAAUAAUGAGAAAAGAUAAUUUAUCACUUAGAUACUAAUGCAAUGGACGACGGUUAGGACACAGAUUAUAUAUCUAGAGGUUCCGGUAUUACAGAAUCAACAAGUUUUUCCAGAGAAGACCUAACAAGUGCACUCUUUUAAACCCUAUGGUGCAAAAGUGAGAAACAAUGCAUAUCUCGAAACAUAAUACAUAUCACCUACCGGUUUAAAACGAAACUGAAUUCUAUGAAUAGGGAACUGCACGCUUUUUUGUGUGUUGUAAUAAUUGACGUGCAUUUUUAUCGAAAAGUAUUACUACGAAAAAGAAUUUUGAAUAGUUCUUUUAGUGCUACAAACCCACCCUCCCCUUUUUAUACACAUAGCGAUUUUAUACACACCAUUUAAUGAAACAAACAGUCAAAAGCAGAUACUCCUAGCUCUCCAUUGACCUUACAAAGCCUACAUAGACUAAGAAAUGAGAAAAAAAUCACGUGGUAGUGAAAAGUUACAUGUAGGGCAAGUCGUCAAAAAUUUAGUCAACUCAAAGUGCAUUUGUUGUUAGUUGUGCACAUUUGCAGAAGCAAAACUUAUGAUUAAGCUAACAGGUUGUAGGUAAGCCUAAUAUAUCUCAGACAUCUCAUCUGAAUCUAUUCGAAAUUAGAUCAACACAAAAAAGUGGAAAUAAGAGCGAGUGGAAAUAACCUACAAUGGCACAUACCAAUAUGAUUUCCAGGUGUCGCUGUGUGUAAAUAAGCAAGAAAUGCAGUUCUAAUUAUAUGGUGCAAAAUAAAAUUAUAAUACGUAAACUGUUACUGGUCGGUAUAGUUUCCGUAGUAUGCUUUUCCUUCGCAUCGAAAAAAAUACGACACUUAGGUAAUUACAUAUGAUGUCUGAGUAAGGCGCGCUUAAAAACACAAACAUGCUGAUGUAAAAACAGAUAUAGUAUAAUAGUAGUGGGGUAUCUGAAUAAUUAUUGAAAAAAAAAUAACGCCAGCAACUGAACUUAGGGUUGAAAGCAUAAAACUGAACUGAUGAGAUAUACUGAUGCGUGUUUUAGAGCCUGAUCCUGACAAAUGGUCAGUUUUAUGAUCAUCAAGCAUAUGAACGUAACGCGAUGAGUAGAGUUAUAUUUGAACAAGUACAGGUUAUUCUUAAAUGAUUACUCUUGUUUACCAAAUAUGUUUAUUUUAUUGUAAAUCUUAUAGUUCCCCAAUGACAUAGUUUACUUUAUAGCAAACAAUAUUUUCAAAAUAUAUGCAAUGCAGCUUAAUGUCAACAAAUACUCAUAUAUAGCAAACUGAAAAUCUGCGCUGAUUUUAUUUUUUUUCUAUUUCUACGCUAAAAUUAACUAAUAUCGCUUAAAGCUUCAAAAUCUGAGUUUGGCUGUCAAUUGAAUCCAGGCUGCGAAAAUCUUUAUACCGAGUCAUCCAUGUUGAUUUUGUACACAUUAAGUUCAAAUUUCGAUUAUGCUUCAUUCUGUCCCUAUAAGCAUAAGUCUCACAUGUGCUAGGGAGUCCCAUAACACAUGUGGAACGUAAGCUUCCAGCAACAGCAUUGCAUUUGUUAAAAAAUCACCAGAUUUUUUAACGUUUCCAAAUCGAUCUCGAUUUGGUUUUUCGGAAAAAUAAAUAACUGAUAUGAUAGAUUUAUACCUGAUAGCUCAAAAUUUGUCUGAAAUAGGGCCAUUCAAAUUCAAAGACAAAGUUUCUAAACAAAAGUUGCGAAGUGAAAAUUUCGUUUAUCUGGUGCAAUAAUAUCUUUGACCAACUAAUCAUGUUGUAACAGCAUGUGAACCAAACAGAAAAACGUUUUUUGAACUUAUUUUUUUGAACUAAAAAUCUGUUAACUCAUUUUUCGAACUAAAUGUCUGAUAACUCGGCAAUUUCUCGCUGAAUAACAGAUCGAUCAAGUUGGGUUAUCUUCAGUUUUGAAUAAAUAAAAAUGGGGCACUUAUUCCAGCAUAAAUAUUUUUAUAAAUGUAGCUUGGCUUCACAAAAAUCAUAUUGGCAUUCGCUAUAAUAUGUGAUCGUAUAAUGCAAGCCCUACGAGAAAUGUGACCAGCUUGUAACUUCGGUUUGCUUCGGUUUUUAGCUCCACCCGUGAUUGACUGAAUAUGAUAGCAUGAAUUUGUGCAAAUAUAUGAAAGGGUUUUGACAUACCGUGUUACUAACUACAGUGUAGGUAUAUAGGUAACACUAGAAUUCCACAGUAGCAAUUUAGGGACGGGCGAGCGAUUUUAGGAUUAAAGGGGGACAGUAUUUGGUAAGGAGUCCCGUGAUAGUGUGUAGUUUACUAUGAGUUUAACUAGGAAACCUUACAACAAACUGCAAGGUUCAAUAAACUAUUUUGCUCGCAACUCUGGGCGUGCUGCCAUUAGAAUACUAUUUUCAACUUUUCCCAUGUAGUUUGUCUUCAAUGGCGUAUGAAGAAUGGUUUGGAAUCUAUGAACUAUUAGGUUGAUUCUUGUCUUGCUACAUCAUCAAUAAUUACUUUUGAUCACAGAGUCACCGGGUACCCAGAAUAAGGAUACCUUGUUCCGACGAAGAGCUUACUUGCUGUACUGCACUCUCCACCUAGUUUGGAUACACAUUUUACGGACUUUUAAUUUUGGGUGUGCUGCAGUCAUAUUGUUACACAGAUGUAUAUUAAGUUUGUUUCUGUUGUCAUAACGCUGAGACACUACAAAGUAAUAUUUUUAUUUGUAGACAACCGACAUGGGCUUGCAUUUGGUAAUGUUAGUUAUCAGCUAGCUUUCAUGGCAGAGAAAGAGAGAGAGAGAGAGAGAGAGAGAGAGGCAUUUAUUAUGACAAAUCGUUUAACUGCUGCUUAAUUCUAGGCAAUCAAACAAAAUUAAUUGAUGUUUGCACACCUUCCAGUUGGUCUCGAGGUACGAUGCUGGCCUAACAAGCCAGUCGUCGUUGGUUCGAGUCUCGGCUCGGGAGAGACUGUUAGUGUCAGUUGGAUCGUAGCGCUAGCCCCGCAAUUGUCCGGUACACUAACAGUUGGCUGCGAAGUCUGUGUAUAAGAAACAAAUGGUCAAGUUCCGAAUCGAAAUGUAGCGCCAAGGCUUUGCUUUUUUUUUAAUUGAUGUUUGCAUUAAUUUUCUAUAUUCACCGGAAAGCGCAGUGGUGAAUACUCGAGCAGGAGAAAAUAUCAUUAUAAUAUCACAACAAGAUAUUGGAAAUACAUCUCAUUUUGAUCUUAUUAUGGUUUACAUAGUUGGUAAAAUAACAAAAAAUAAUUCCAAAAUAUUGUCCCGCCAAGACUAUAUGAAUAACAAAGCUUGAUAUUUCAAUAACAAACCAAUAACACAGUGCAACAAUUUUUUUGCCUUGGCUCUUAUGUAUGAUUUUUUGAUGAAGUUUGAUGUGAAAAUAAAUUUCCCUGAAUUUGAACAUAUUUCAACUUAAGGGGCAACAAUGGCGCCAUUUUGAAUUUUUGAGAAACCGGUAAUUUUUGUGGUUUUUCCGACGCCAUUUUGUUUUGAGGCCAAAUAUCAAAAUUCUAAGAGUUUGUCCACAUAUAAGCAUCCUUUUACCCAUGUUUUGAAAAAAAAAAACAGAUCUUAAAUCGGACAAAAACUGAGCUCAAAACGGUGAUUCUACGAAACCGGUUUUUGGCAUAGUUUUAGUAUAUUUCACAAAGCAAAAUAAUAUCGAUUAUUUCUGAGUAUUAAUGGUAAUUCGCUAAUAUCUUAAAGUGGUAGUCAAAUUAUAUCUUAUUUUGAGUAAAAAAGUCUCAGAAAUCAAAUGGUAGGUGUCUGAUCUACGUAAAAUGUCAGCAAAAUGUCGAUUUUGCCCCAAUUCCCCUACAAUACUAAAAUAGGUUUAUCUGCUGACAUUUUACGUAGAUCAGACACCUACCAUUCGAUUUCUGAGACUUUUUUACUCAAAAUAAGAUAUAAUUUGACUACCACUUUAAGAUAUUAGCGAAUUACCAUUAAUGCUCAAAAAUAAUCGAUAUUAUUUUGCUCUGUGAAAAAUAUACUAAAACUAUGCCAAACCCGGUUUCGUAGAAUCACCGUUUCGAGCUCAGUUUUUGUCCGAUUUAAGAUCUGUUUUUUUUUCAAAAGAUGGGUAAAAAGAUGCUAAUAUGUGGACAAACUCUUAGAAUUUUCAUAUUUGGCCUCAAAACAAAAUAGCGUCGAAAAAACCACAAAAAUUACCGGUUUCUCAAAAAUUCAAAAUGGCGCCAUUGUUGCCCCUUAAAUUGAACCCAAGUAACAAAACGGGUUUUAUCAAAGUUUUAUAGCGCUGUUUAGGCUUUAUUGAGGGCUAUAAAACUUUGAUAAAACCAAUAUUGUUACAAGGGAAAUAUGUUCGAACUUGGGGAAAUUCAGUUUUGCAUAAAAAUACACAAAAAAAUUAUAUAUAGAAGCCAAGGCAGAAAAAAAAGUCAAUUUUUGUUGCACUGUGUAAUUUGCAUUAAAAAUCAUGAAAAUGACCGAUACAGAUAUUUUCAACUUAUUGUACAUUGAAUGCAUAACUGAUAUAUUAUAAAUAAUCAAUAACGAACAAUUUUCACUUAUAAACUUACUUUUAUUGAGAUGUUUUAAAAUCAACUCAAAUAUUUCAUUGAAGGCAUAGCGAGAUAUGAUAUCAAAAUUUUAUGAUAUUUCCAUAUGAAUGUUUGAAACGUGAAUACUUUCGAAUAACACGAUAAGUCCUCAUAGUUAAAUAUGUUAUUGAUGAGCUAUGAUUUUUUAUGCUCUCCUGCCUGGGUAUCAACAAGAUUUUAAUUAUUGGUGCAUAAUAUGAAACAUCAAGCCUAGGUAAUGCAUGUUUGGUAAAAAAAAUCGAAUUCAUUACAAUUAGGUGAGGGCAUUACAACAAUGUCGCAAAUCAGAACAGUUACUUUGCACGAAAAGCACCUCUUCACUAUGUUCGUUUAAAGCCUGAUUGAAACUGAUUACAAUUUAAGCAGUGGCAAAAACAUUAGUAUAGUUUGCAUAAAGACGAAUCAUGCAGAACUUCAUGCAAUAAAAAAUAAAAUAGAUAAAAACUACAGGUACUAAGUAGCAUUCACUUUUGUCUUCACCAAAGUUUAAAAAACUUCUUUCGGAAGGAUAGGGAAAUGAUCAUUUUCAACGAUUGGUUCGGAGUAGGGUGGUUUACCGGUAAAACAAAAACCGGUAAAACCGAUAUUUUUUUCAAUACCGAAAUACCGGUAUUGAAGAGGCGAAAAAACCGGUAUUUUCGGUAGCUUUCUUAAAAUUCAAAAAAAUUUGUCACAAUAUUCAUAAAUCAUUGUAAAGCUAAUGAAUGCUACCUACUUAGGUAGGCUUUACAAAUCGCAUGACGGUGUAUAUAAUAAAUACAUUUAGACAGAAGCAACAUUGAAAAUUAAUUUGUUCUUACCUAUUCAUCAAUUUUAUGUUUCUUUCUUGUUUGUUCUGCUUGGAAUUAAACGAUGAGUUUGUGUGUAUUGAUAACAUGUCGAAAAACUUCAUAUCAAUCAAGCAGAACUUUUAUUUUCUAAUAGCUAAUAGCUAAUCUCUUUACACACUCAUACAUACAGAGACAACUCGUGGGUUUUGAACCUACCAGCUCAACUACAAAUUCUUAAAAUCAUAGUUUGGGGCAUCACAAUCAUGUCCGCGAAAAAACGCAAGUCAUUAUUCGUUUUGUGAUAUUUAAAAGUAAAACAAAAAAAAUAACAAAUAAAUAUAAAUUUGGAUUAAAAAUUUAUUUUUUGUUCGGUGUCUCCGUAUGCCACAGGUUACACCAAAUUAUGGACAAAUUGCUCCUGAUACAAAGUGUUUAUAGGAUGAAAUAAUCAAUCAAUAAAGAAUUUCAUACUAAGAAUUACUGCUCCUUAUUUUGAAAAAGUGAAAUUCAAAUAGAUGCAGCAUGGCCAAAGCUUCGUCGCCCAAACCGCAGCGGAUUUUAUUAGCAAUAAUUCUAGCUGAGAAACUCAGGUUCAACUGAAUUUGGACGAACUGCCUAAAAAGCAUCGAACACAAUAGAGAAGUAUCUAUCUUCGAUUCCUUCGGAUUCGUAAAAUGUAAAUUCUUGUCUGAUCGUCAUUUAAUUUUCUUUUCAGUCAUUUACUUUGCUCAACAGUUUCAAAUAUUGUUUCUCUAAGAAUUUCAAAGUUAUUCAAAAAUUUAAAACUGGUUAUGCGAUGUGAAAGAAAAUUGAAAUAAAAAUCUACAUGUUUUUUUGUUAAUGUGAGUUUAGAACUUAUGUUCUUCGUAAUCAUAUCACUGGAUCCAUUCAUUGAAGUUUUUCAAACACUGGUAAAUUUAUCCAGUGGUGUAUGUGGAUCAUAUACCACAAGAUUCUUUUUAAGAUUUGGGUCGCAGUGACCCAAAUCUUAAAAAGAAAUCAGAAUCGUAAUGAAGCAUAGGUACUCAUAAAUGCAAAAACAUAAUUAUACAGCGACACGUCCAUAGAUGCAACCUGGGACGCUAGGUGAAAAAUAAAUUUCAAAUCCAAAUUUAUGUAUAUAUUUAAUUGUUUUUCAGUUUUAUUUUUAAAUAGUGCAGAGAGAAUGACGUACGUUUAUUCUGCGAACAUGAUUGUCAUUACUUCCCCAAACUAUGAUUUUCAGAAUUUUGUAGUUGAGCAAGUAGGUUCAAAGACCACGAGUCGCCCCUGGUUUGUAUUAAUCCGAAAAAAUAAAAAUACCGGUUUUACCGGUUUUUAUUUGUAUGAAUACCGAAAUACCGGUUUUUCGAAAAGUCGGUAAUACCGACCACUCUAGUUCGGAGUUAGCUGUUAUCUAUCUAAGGGGGGGGGGGGGUGAUAGACUAAUUACAUCAAAUAGAACUACAUGUGCAAGUCAGGUAGAAAAGAAGCUAUAUUACAAAAGCAUCAUCUCAAUUCAGGGGCUACUCAGCUGAUGCGAUGUGCAUAAACUUCCAAACAUUGAGAUUCGAUUUUCUUACACUCUCAACGAGUUUCCGCUGUCCCAAAUUAUCUACUUAUGCAAUAACUGCAUAAUGUAGAACGACUGGAGUCGUUCAUUCUUUCAUUUGCAAUAGUAUGUGUACACUGAGUUUGAAAAACCGUUAGGGUGGAGAAUUGUUUGGUUCUGUACUGCAAAAAGAUGGGAGUGCGAUGGGAUGCAACGGGCCGUGGACAUGGGUAGAUAUCGCUACAUCACAUCGGCUUCCAAUGACUUUGGAACACUGAAGCAAGCGGUGUUGGUGUUUGCAUUAUGGUCGAUGAAAAAGAGAGAGUAGGUUCACUACCCGUCAUAAGUUUGGAAUCGCUUUACUGAGUAUUGCAACACCCAGUUUGAAUAUUGCAACGCCUCCCGAAAAGUUUAGCAUCACCUGGAAUAGGCGGAUAUUUCGUGUUUUUGACAACCUAGAAAGUUGCGGUUUUCAGCAAACUUGUUCCGAAGGUCAAAGGCUACUGUAUGGUGGCCAAUUCAGUGUGAAAUUCUACCGCUAUGUGGCGCUAGAUGGCACACAAUUUGUCGGAUUUUGAACUUAACUAAUCUCACGAUUCAGACCUGCUAGAAAGUUGCGGUGUUCAGCAAACUUGUUCAGGAUGCUUAGGGCUUCUACAUUACCCCACUAUGCGGCGCUAGGGCUCAUGUAGUCCUUCGUAUUCAACGCCGUAUAACGUAUAACGCCGCAUGUGUGUUCCAAACUAUUCCAUUGAGGCUAUUUUCAUUACAAUUCAGUGUCAACACUAAUCAAAGACACCCAGUGUCCUAAUUGAAAUACGACUACGACAACUUCGGCAACCACCAGGGCGAAUGUUUUUGACUUCGUGUAUACAUUUCGGGUGUCUGCUCGUUGGAUGGGGCGUACACGCGCCUUAUCGAACGCGCCAUGUACUGCAGUCACAAUCACUCGGCUUGCAUAUGAGCCGACGGCGUUGCGUGUUCGGUCAUCAGCUUGCAGCGGAAAGUAAUACGAAAUGCCCUCUGUGGUGUUCAAAUCCUUCAUCAUCGGAUUAGAGGCAUGUCUACUGCAACUGUUUGCAGCCGAGGUAAUCAAUUUAGUCGCGAUAUUGUCUAUUUUUCCCAUUGUAGAACGGGUUGUUAAUGUUGGUGAUCAAACUGUCAACAUGCCAACACAGUCGCAUGCUAUAUGUUAUGUCAAAUGAAAGCACUUCUUUAGAAUAAACACACACAAGCUUACGUAUUGUGUGUGGUGAUCAAAUUGUCAACAUUCAAAUUGGUUUCACUUCGUCAUGUGUACACAUAAGUGUAAAAGAUGUGAUUAUUCAGCUAAACUAAGUUCGAAGCGCUCGAAAUUACAUGCACACUAGCGCUGCGGUGCGGUUGAAAUCCGCACUAUACUGUCCGCCAAUUACAAGCCUUUGACCUCUUGAGUAACUUUGCUGAAAAUCGCAACUCUCUCAAUGAUGGGAUUAUUGAGCUGAAUAGCGUUCAAAACACUCAAAAUUUCAUGCACACUAGCGCUGCGUUGUGGCUGAAUUCCGAACUAUACUCUCCUCCAAUCACAAGCCCUUGACCUCCUGAGCAACUUUGCUGAAGACCACAACUCUCUAGGAUUCCAGAAUCAAGAGAUAGAGUUACAUUAAUCUGCCCAUAUCAAGUGAUGCUAAACUUUUCGGGAUGUUGCAAUAUUCAAAUUGGGUGUUGCAAUACUCAGUAAAGCGAUUCCAAACUUAUGACGGGAAGUGUACAUGAUAGAGAAACAAAAUAUGUAUGAUAGCACGUUCGGCGCACUGUUUUGUUCCGAUUUAAUUUGCUUCAUAAUUGUGAAUCCCAAAACUAAGAAUUUUUUUUUUAUAUUAUUUAUUUAUGCUCUAUAAUAAUUCAUAUAAAAAUACUGAAAUCCUCCGAAGAAUAUAUGAACACCCAAUCAAACGAUUAUGAUAUGCUUAAUACAAACCUUAACUUUCUGGAUUGCAAACUGAAACUUUGGAAAUUGUGGAAACUUUAGAUAGCUUUGCCUGUGUGACUUGAGUUGUUUGUAUUGCAGCAUUACUAGUUUUCGAAUGAUAUUAACAAACCCAUCAAAAACUGAGAGGAUUAUGACACGAAGACUACGUAGCGGUUACUUUUGUUUUCAUCACACGAAUUAGGGAUAAAUAAUUUUUGUUUAUUUCUAUUUCCAAUAUGGCACAUUUUGAGGUGAUGCAUUUGGUAGUUAUUGUAUUUUUUGACAAAAACCAUGAUUUCAAACUAAACGAAUUAUCAACAGCAUAUAAUAUAGCAUACAUGAAUUUUAAUAUUCUGCUGCAUGCAUUUAGAUAAUCAGCUGGUCUGAUAAUACAAGGUAGAAAAGGAACUGCGAAAGUAAGUGCUAAUGCCAACUCGCUUGUAUGAGAAAAGCGGUUCUUCUUGUUGAGAACAUUGUGAAUACCAUUCUAGUAGGCACGCGUGGAAGUAUUCUGUGGUCGUCACUACCCGUUGCAAUUGUUUAUAUUUACAAUGAGCUUAGUUGUAGUUCUCGGUAUAAUAAGCACCAUCAACCCGCUUUACUUCUUUUACUAUUACUAUAAUUUACUCAAGUAUGCAGAAGGAAUUUGUGACGGAAGUUUUAAUAUCAUUAACACAAACAAAUUGAAUGGACACAAAUUGAAAGUGCACUUUUCCAUGUUACAAGAAAAAAGCAAUGUUCAAUUAUAUUGCUACAAAAGCAUUUGCUUACUGUUUCAAUUAGGACUUUUUCACUCAAUGCAUUUAUUUGACACGGCCAAUAAUCCCUAAUCGUUAUCUCAUCCUUAUCCUAACCGAUGUUUUGAUCUGCAGUUUUUCAUUUUGCAUAUAGCAAGUGAUUGCUCCUGUUGAAAUGUUCUCAUAUCGUAGGGGGUGUGUGUAGUAUUGGGGUCCAAUAGUGUUCUUGUCAUUUUGUUGGGUGUAGGCGAAGAGAAAUGGGAUUAGAUUUGGGCAUGGAUAGAUUUCAGGAAAACAUUCAUAAGGUAUAUACAGGGACGGUCGGCGCUCGCUUAGACAUCACGAACAGGAACAGUUGGCUGCUUAUCUCCGGCCUGAAUAGAAUGUCAUCGCUUUACCAGUUCCCUUUUGGUUCAAGAGUUUUGCCAACUGAUGAUCGUAUUUUGACGUAUACGUAAUACAAAAAAGUCAGGCAACUGGUCUUUCAUAUAUUCCACCAUUUCUUACGCCUGCUUUAGCCAAAUUGUCCGUUUUCUCAUUGCCCGUUAUCCGUCCGUCAUCGAUAGGAGAGCCAUGGCCAUUAUUCCAUUAUCUUUAGGGUAUGUAAUAGUAAUUAUACGAGGUAGACAAAAUGCGGAGUUCUUAUUAAUGCUAUAAGGGCUUAGCUAGCUGGAAACGGUGUUGGUAAUAGUUAAUACGUCACCUGUGGAACGCUGCGGCGAAGCAAACAUAAAAUAACGUUUAUACAGGGAACGCACUAACUAUUUCCGAGUAUUGUGCUUUUGAAAAUUCGAAGUGGCGGUUCGAAGUCGGUAAUUUGUGGUGACGACACCGUUUCACAUAAAAAGCUGGGCAUAUUGGACAAGAACCUUACAAAAAAGCAGUAAAACUGAGGACCGCAAUGAUAUUUUUCGGAAAUCGAUAGUGAAUAUAUUACAAAUACAUAAUCCGUAAGAUGUGCUGGAUUUUGUUCACAACCAAAACGAGAACACAUUGUCUGUGGUAAUUACUACUCAAAAUACCAGAAUGGAGGCUUUUAAUUUUUUAUGACUGGCUCGAUGCGGAUUGAAAAUAUCAGGAUUGUUUUGGUUAGAACAUUUUGAGCGGCGUAGUGUUCUGAUCUAUUCUUCAACAUGUGCCACUCGUCACUUUGGUUAGUGGCAGUUGAUGAACGCUAACACCGAUUGGGACUGAUCGUUCAAAAAAUGUGGGUACCAAAUACUAUACUGAGCAACUCUGAUAUGGGUUAAAGUUUCGCAAUGUUCGUGAAUUGUGGACGAAGGUUUCCUAUAUUCCCUCAAAAUAGAAACCAGAGUGCUAAGCACAUGAAUUUUCAUCGAUUUAUUCGAUUGCAAAAUGAAUAAAAACGCAAGGCUCUCCCAAACGCUCCAACUGUUGCAUGGACAUAGACUUUUCAUUUAUUGCUUCCCCUCAGCCAGAACAGGUUGAUUCAUAUAUAGCAUGUUUGUUUUAAUAUAACACAUUUGACAAGUUCUUCUAUUAAUCCAUUUAGACCGAUAUAGAAACUACUCAAAAGUCAUCAAGAUCAGCAAAGUUUUUAUUCACUAAAGCCAUGUUUGUAAAAGCAUACAUAAAAAGCUAAUAAUACAUGUCAUGAAAUGACAUCUCUAUCGCCAAAAAAAGUUACACUCUUGAGGCGAAAAAGAUGAUAAAUUAAAUAUUGGAAUUACUCAUUUGCAUGCAUCAAUUUUCAAACUACAACUAUCAAAUGGCUCGAAUGGUCGGCGUGCAGCCUAACUGUGCCAAGCGCCAUAUACGUUAUUUCGAGUAAUUGGUGUUGAAAGUUUUAGCCAGUAUGUUUUCUGCAAUGUACUACAGAGAAGUUAUAGUAUCAUUGUGAACUAUUCGAAUGGAUACGUUUUAUCAUGAAAGAUUAAUAAUUUUCACAUCCAACUCAAUUUAAAAACAAUGGCGCUUGAUUUUGUGCCGUGUCAAAUGUUGUGUGAAAAAAAAUGGCGCUUGGUUCGGUCUGGUCGUACACCGACCAUAUAAGAGAAGGAGUUCCGGUAACUUAACUUGAUAUUAGAAAAGACUUAGAUCAUAGUGUUGAAGUAGUAGUUAACUAUUUUCUCCUCAAUUCCUUUUUCUGUUAGUGUGAAUCUCUGGGUUACGCUUUUCAUUGUACGAGAAAAUAAAAUUUAUGGCAGAUAUCGUUAAUAUGAAUCAUGAGGAGAGUUGCCUGCUCGGUAGUUGGUGAUUGUGAAUUUGUAAAGUUGGAAAAGAUUUUAUUCGCGACAUCAGACCUACGACAGCAGGUAGUACUGUACAUUAAGUUCUUCGGUACCAAAUUUCUACUAAGGACGAAUUUUCUUCUUGUAACAUGGUAUUGUGAAAAACAAAGCAAACUUUCAACGAAUGAACCAAACAAUCAAAAGCCUUUCGUUAUAGCAAAUAAAUUAAAGCAGGUAAAAUCUACCCCACACAAACUCCACUACAACAGAAUGCAUUAAAAAAUAAACGUAGAAUACUUAUGUCAAUUGUAUUUAAUUAAGUACUAAACAACACUAACAAUAAAUAGCAUGUAGAAACUACACAUCCUAAUACUCUCUUUUAGAGCUGAUAUUUUGUAUGGAAAUAUUGUGCAACGCUUUAUAGAAGACUCUUUUACUGAAAUAAGCUAUCAAAAUACUAUUAGACUGUCGCAAGUAUUUGUGCGGCUUAUGUUAAGACCAUGAACAAUGAAAUGAAACUAGAUAUAUUAUUGUGAUGAAGUAUAACAAAUAAAAUGCAAAAAUCAUUUCAUGUUGAGUCCUACACAAUUUCAAAUGCUAUAUGAAUAAUUAGUAUGUCCAGCACUAUAUAGCAAUCGGAUUCGAAGUCAAAACCUUUACUUAUAUUUUGAAAGUAAAAAAAAAAUGAUUAUACCAACCUGUUUGCUCCACCACCAAACAACACUUAUUCGAAAUACCUACAAUUAUAAGAAAAAUUAUAAUAUGCAGAAUAUAGAAUAUAACGGCAAAAAUAGUUUGUAAAAUGUUUAGCCCAUGUAAGCAAUUAUCAAAACAAGGUUUUAGAGGACAAACGUACAUAUACAGAUCAAUAAGCCUGUUAAUGUGCUUUAUUCUCGGUAAAUUGGAAAUGCAAAAUGUUUUUACAGAGUAUUGUAAAGACGUUAGAAUAUUGAUGACAAUUAGUUUCAAAUGUUAGAAUAUGAAAUUAAUACCAAAUAAUGAUGCUUAUGACAACUUUUACAAACACCCUGUAGGUUAUCCCUCUAGAAAAGAAUUAUUAUUAUAAUAAAAUAAACAAAGAACAUAACAAAUACACUAUCAAAUGUUAUGCGACUGAGAUAAUCGUUCUUGAGAAGGUUUGUCGGCUAAACUUCGAUCGAUUAUGUAUUAAUUCGAUUUUAUAAAAUGUAUUUUUACAAUGCUUUUAUUUUCAAUUACUGCCUGUUUUUUGUGCCAAUCAUUGAUCUUCUAAAAGGCGACUCCAAUACGCAGGGAACUAACCAUCCAUUUACUUCCACGUAAGAUGGAAGGCAAGAGUCCGAAAAUUUAGUUCCGGAGGAUAUUAAAUCCUAGGAAUUCACCGAGAUCUAGUUAAGCUGUGAGAGAUCAUGUUGCACUACUCCACACCCACCAAUACCUAUCUCGGCUUUGAGAUCCGACCACAGUAUACCGGAGUAGUUGGCGAAGAAGUUACUGACGAUAGGCCGACAGCAUGAGUAUUACAAAUAAUAGGUUUAAGUUUAAAUUGAGUUGUAUAUUACCACUUAACGAUAUUUCAUGUGCUUUCGGCCGCUGGAAAUAAAAUAUUUCCAAAAAUAACUUAUUGAUGGAUUGUUAAAAUGCCAAAACAGUCGCAAAUAUGGUAAAUAACUAAAAUUAUUGAUUGGCAUUAUUCGAUUCGCAAUGUUUAUGAAUUCUUGUGUAUAUACUCAUUACUACCAAGAACCAAACAUUAACUAUUUUGAGUUGUUCUUUAUUUUAAAAUGCAUUUUAUUCUAGUUUACAAUAUUUCUAAGGUUGAACAACAUCAUGUUCUGAAGAAGUGUGUGAAAAAAGUGUUGAAAACUAUGUUUUCUCCAUUUUAAAAUGAAAUGCCUCAUAAACCAGAGCGUCAAACGAUAAAAAUAUAAAUUUUCACUAAUCGCAGACCUUCUCAUGAAUUUUGAAUAAGAUUAUCAGAAUGUCAUAUGCAAGUUUACACAAAAUGCCAAAAUUUCAUUUCUUUAAAUCGGUUUCAGUGGAAUUUUAUUUCAUAGGAAUCUAUGCUCAAUUCAAAGUGUUCGUUCUACUUCAGUUGCCGAUACGAUUGAGUACAGAUACAUGUGAAGAGCAAAAAUGUGUUCAAAACAAACCACAGAUAUCUUUGUUUGAUCACUGUUUGAUGUAGUGCGAAUGUGGUGCAUUUCUGAUUUAAUUUGCACUGUAACGCUCUUAAUUACUGCCUUUCUUUUUAUCUUCUGAUUACGCUUAUUUGGCUAAACAAGACUGAAUUGACAUUGUCAAUCAAACGUCACCUAAUAAUGCAUGGCAUUAACGUCUUUGCUGUGCUAGUAUAAGAUAUUCUGGGCACUGUUUUGAGUAAUGUUCUACUCUGAUUAUUAUCAUUUAUUGGAUCAUUUAUGUAUAUGUUUGCUUUUGUACCUUGUAAUGUUAUAAAAAAUAUAAUGAUGAACUUUGCCACUCAUCAUUCGACCAGAAAUGCUUCAGAACACACGCUUUGGUUGUAAAGAAUUUCAAAAGAUAUACGCGAUUGAAAGUUUUAUGAAAUGCUUAUCCAACUCAAAGCGUUUCAGUGAAAAGUUUCCAUCGUGAAAAAUGAAUAUCAAUAUGCACUGAAUAUGAAAAUAUACCGUGAGUCGCAACGAUACACAUCAUAAAGAAACGUAUACCCGUGCAAAAUCAGGAAUUGAACCCAAAUAGACGGUUCUGAUGCUUGAUGCAACAUUCCAGUUGACUGUGGCUCUUAUGAUACUGAAAUGUGCUAACCAUCAAUUGUGCCGAAAAUAAAGUUGCGCAAUAACUUGUAAUUGCAUUUUUUUGCAAUGUGUCGCAGAAAGUAAAUCCUUAGUUGGUUCACUCUUAUGUAUGUCACAUCGAGUUCAAGAUAUAUAGACUUAAAUAAUUACUUAAAGUAUUGAGAAACAAUGUUUGUACCCAAAACAUAUCAGAGACUAUAGGAAAGGGAUACAUAUCAACUAUAUAUUUAUACAUAGGCCAUAUGUAUUUUGUAGUCUACAUUAUUAGCGAAACCAUAGUGUAUGACAAAAGUAUGAAGAGAAAAUUUUAUAAAAUUAUCAACAAAGGUAAAAAAGGUCACAUAGUUAAAAAAGUUAAAUCAUACAGAAAACCUACAAUGCUACACUCACAUCCAGAUUUAGAAAGUAAAUAGCAGAGACUUUAUUCUACUAAGAACCAAAAAAGAGAAAAUAUACUAAACAAAGAAUAUUGUGGAAGUAAUCAUGGCACACAUACUGUAAACAAAAUAAACUUGUCCACGAUGAAUCCCAGCAAAAUGUAACCGCAAAUGCAAAAAAAUAAAUAAAUAGAAAGACGGCUUUUAAAAAAUGGUGACAUAAUUUGUUGCUAAUUGCAUCUUACACAGAUUAUAAAAAAUAUAAAGAAGAAUUUAACAUUA